CCUACCACCCAGCUCUGCUGUGCCUUUCCCAGGCCUCUUCCCGCCACCGAGAUGCUGCUGGACUUCUUUCUAUGCUCGCUCCUCUUCUUUGCUGUGCACGCGGUGCCGCGGUCACCCAGUCGGACUCCGCGCGCUCCCUCGUUGAAAGUGCGUCUAGCAGGAGUCGGGCGUCAGGAAAAUGAAGGACGCGUGGAGGUACUGCACAACAGCACGUGGGGUACCGUGUGUGAUGACGAAGUGGACAUUAAACUGGCCAACGUGGUGUGCCGCGAGCUGGGCUUUCAGAGCGGCGUUACGUGGGCACACAGCGCCAAGUAUGGAGAGGGAGACGGGCCCAUCUGGAUGGACAAUGUCCGCUGUGAGGGCACGGAGAAGACGGUGAAGGACUGCCGCCAUAACGGCUGGGGCGUCAACGACUGCAAACACACCGAGGACCUGGGCGUGGUCUGCACCCCGGAGCGCCGGCUCGACCAAUCCCACGCCGGGGGCGGGCAGGGGCGGGGCCACUCCAUCGCCCUGAGGCCCAAUAUCAGAGCAGCGCAGCAGUGGCAGGACAUCUACUCCAAUCAGAGGUCUCCUGCGUAUCUAGGCAACGGGCACGCCCCCGACAUGCCACAAAGACCCGCCAGCCAGUCGUCUAGUAAGGUGCGGAUCGAGGAGGUGCGCCUGCGUCCAGUGCUGAUGUCCACUAAGCGCCGCGUUCUGGUGACGGAAGGUGUGGUUGAAGUGAAGCAUGCUGGGAGAUGGCGGCAGGUCUGCGAUAAGGGGUGGACCCUAAACAGCAGCAGGGUGGUGUGUGGAAUGCUGGGAUUCCCCGACGCCGAGCAGCCCAGCUACAGCACAUACAAGAAGAUCUGGGAUCGUAAAGUGAAGGAUCCGUCUACCAGGCUGAGCAUGAUGGCCAAGAAGAAGGGCUUCUGGGUGGAGAAGAUCAACUGUGUGGGCACGGAACCUAGCCUGGCUGAGUGCCGGACCAAGCUGUCCAUCCCGCGUAGCUCCUCCCCCUGCCAGAGCGGACGCCACGCCGUGGCUCGCUGUGUCCCUGGGGCCCAGUUCGCACGCAUAUCGUCAGGACGACCACAGGCACCACAGCCCCGGCAGACGGCGGUGCGUCUGAAGGCCGGCGCGCGUCUGGGGGAGGGCCGUGUGGAGGUGCUGCGGGAGGGCAAGUGGGGCACCGUGGUGGAUCACCUCUGGGACCGCGUCACCGCCAGCGUGGUCUGCAGGGAGAUGGGCUUCGGAACCGCCAAGGAAGCUCUGAUGGGAGCUCACAUGGGCCAGGGUACUGGUCCGAUCCAUAUGAACUCGGUGCAGUGUCAGGGGUCAGAGCGUUCCAUCCUGGACUGCUUCUUCCAGGAAGUGCCCCUCUGGACCUUCAAACACACACAGGACGCUUCGGUGCGCUGCAAUGUGCCCCAGACCGGCCUGGAGACCACAGUGCGGCUGGCGGGUGGUCGUGAGGCAGGUGAGGGUCGUGUGGAGGUGCUGAUGGAGGCCGGGGGUCGUAAGCGCUGGGGUUCCGUCUGCAGUGAGAACUGGGGCAUUAACGAGGCCAUGGUGGUGUGUCGCCAACUGGGAUUUGGCUUUGCAGCGCGCGCCCACGAGGAGACGUGGUACUGGGCAGGGGACCCUGCGGCUAAUGAGGUUGUCCUGAGUGGAACUCACUGUGUGGGAACAGAACUGUCCAUCCAGCACUGCAGGAGGAACCAGCACACACACUGCCCUCGUGGAGGAGGAACUAGAUCCGCCGGUGUCACCUGCACUGAGACGGCCCCAGACCUGGUGGUCGACGCUCAGCUGGUCCAGGAGUCGGCAUACCUGGAGGACCGUCCCCUGCAUCUGCUGACCUGUGCACAGGAGGAGGGCUGCUUGUCGUCCUCGGCGGCGCGGAUGCACUGGCCGUACGGCCACCGCCGCCUCCUGCGCUUCUCCUCACGCAUCAUGAACCUCGGACGCGCCGACUUCAGACCCCGCGCCACACGAGAGUCCUGGACCUGGCACCAGUGCCACAGACACUACCACAGCAUUGAGGUGUUCACACACUACGACCUGCUGACGCUAAACGGCACUCGGGUAGCUGAGGGGCACAAAGCCAGUUUCUGUCUAGAGGACACCUUCUGCCCAGAGGGCCUUCGAAAGCGCUUCACCUGCUACAACAUGGGUGACCAGGGCAUCUCCGUUGGUUGCUGGGAUACAUAUCGCCAUGACAUCGACUGUCAGUGGGUGGACAUAACAGACAUUCCGCCCGGUGAUUACAUUUUCCAGGUGGAGGUUAACCCUUCGUUGGACAUGGCGGAGUCGGACUUCAUGAAUAACGUCUUGCGCUGCCGCUGUAGAUAUGAUGGACAAAGAGUCUACAUGUACGGCUGCCAUGCAGGUGAUGCCUACAGUGCUGAUAUUGAAGAUCUGUUUGAACAUCAGCGUCAGAUCACCAACAACUUCAUCUAGAGUCUCCUCAACACAGCUGUGUGUGUGUGUGUGUACGAAUGUGUGUGUGUGUGUGAGUGUGUGUGUUUGUGUGUGUUUUGGAGUGUAUGUAUGUGUGCUUCAUGCAACACACUAUUUAAAAGGACGGCAGGGUUACGUCUGCGCUCUGAUGUCAUCAGUGUGCAACACUUCCUGUCUGUGCUGUGAUGUCAUCAGCGUGCGACUCACCUGGGCUCCUGGGCUGCAUUAGGAGUUUCUGUCCUGUCUCCUUGACUCGUCCACUUGCCCUCUUACACUUUCCAACGAGGUCAAAGGUCAAGGAAAGAUAUGAGGAUGAGUUUAUGAGGACAGCCUGUUGAGGAGUGAAUUCUUUUCCUGGCUCCUCUUAGAAUUCUACGCAAACGAUCGAUAGUUUCAGUGUUCUUCACUUCAGUCUGUGGGGGAAAAUCUCUGAGGGAAUUUGUCACAUCAUAGUGAGGAACUCUCGGUUCGCGAACAUUCUAAUCACAUAUUUGUGACCGUCCUCCUCAACAGGUUAAGGAAAGACAACCACAGUGUUACGAGAAUCCAACUCUACUGACACUCAUGGGAAGGCAGGUGUUAUUGUCAUGUGUCACUUUGGUUGUUAUUACCUGGGGCAAAGUGUUCCCUAUCUUCACUAUCACCUUUCCUGCCUUAAGGGAUGCUUCAGUGUACUAACAGAGAUUUGAAAGGAAGCAGUAAAACACCUUUUCUACGCGUGUAGAGACUCUGAACAGCUCUUAUAGGCCUACCUAAACAUAUCCAGGUCAUUUCAUUCCAAUAGGAACCUCCCUAAGCAAAAAAUACUUUCUGAAUGCAGCCCUGGUCUCCUUUGGCAACAAGCGAUAUUGUUUUCCCAUCAUCAGUUACCAGGCAUUGAGUAUUAUGGGAUUACUGCCACGAACAGUGAUGGUUAUGCCUAAAUCUGUCUCUCUCUCUCACACACACACACUUGACUUCCCCUCCUCCCAUCUCUGCUCAGUGCCUUAUAGAAGUUAUAAAAUUUAUACACACAACUUUUAAAGUUUGGAGACUUUUUAACUGUUAGAAACUUUUAAUGAGUUUAAACACCAAAAUGCAGAGAAGGCCAGAGGACUGUGCUGUGUGUCUGUGUGUGCGUGGCCCAUAUAGUCAAAGGUAUGCUGAAUGUGUGUGUGUGUGUGUGUGUGUGUGUGUGGGUGCAGGCGUGUGUUAGGAGGUGGUGUGUCCGUAUAUCUGUUAUCAUACAACAACACACAACCAAUCUGUGUGUGUAUGUUGAUUAGUUUUGAUGUUGCACGUUUGUGUGCGUGGUGCUAUCGGACCUGAUAAUUCGCUGUAGCUGUGACAUUUCCUGUUUACUGUCCAUGUUUAGGCUAGUGUCACUACAGUUAGCAAUGUUUUGGCUUGUGUUGUUACAGUUAGCAACGCCUUAGCUAGUGUUGCUGCAAUUAGUGAUGUUUUAGCUUGUGUCACUACAGUUAACUGCUGUUUCGGCUAGUGUCACUACGGUUAGCAAUAAUUUGGGUAGUGUCGCUACAGUUAGCAAUGUUUUGGCUAGUGUGGCUACAGUUAGCAAUGUCUUGGCUAGUGUUGCUACAGUUAGUGAUGUUUCGGCUAGUGUCACUAAAGUAAGUGAUGUUUCGGCUAUUGUCACUACGGUUAGCGAUGUUUUGGCUUAUGUCGUUACAGUCAGCAAUGUUUUGGCUAGUGUCGCUACAGUUAGUGAUGUUUCGGCUAUUGUCACUAUGGUUAGCGAUGUUUUGGCUUAUGUCAUUACAGUCAGCGAUGUUUUGGCUAGUGUCGCUACAGUUAGUGAUGUUUUGGCCACUUCAGAUGACGUUGCCUCAGAGUGUUGACUAGCAUUGUCCUACCUAGCUUUCCACUCGCUAGCAUUUCCUCCGCUAGCACUGUGUGAGCUAGAGUUGCUUUGGCUAAGGGAGAGAUGCACUUUAUCUGAAGAUCUGCAGUAACCC